UCUUCUUGUGAAUCAGUCUCGACACACUCCCUUGGAUGCGUUGGGCUUGAUUCAGAGCUUCCUGUGCUUGGUUGGCUCGUAAGAGUUGGCUUGCCUGUUCUUGUUGUCCUUCAUCUACUUCUUCUUCUGGAUUCGCAGGGAGAAUAGGUGCUGAGAGAAAGCUCAGGCUCAGUCAUUUUACAGCAUUUGUUUUUUUUUUUUUUUUGCAACUUCAAGUCAUGAUCAUCAAUGGUUCUGGUUCUUCUCUCAACUGAAAAGGCCUGCUUUCAACUCUUAUUCACCAAAGAAAAGUGUAGAGAGACUUGAGAAAAGAAAAGAGUCUCCAUUAUAGUAAGAUCUGUUCAGGUUCUUCCACAUAUUAAUUCUGUCAUGAAGCGCUUCAGUAGCUCUGUUUCUUUGGCUCCUUUGGUCUCCAUGUGUUCGCCUAAAGAGGGGAAGAACUCAAAGAAUCAUCCUGUCUACGAUAGUGAAUUUCAAGCUAUGUUAGAUAGUUUUGAUGAAGAAGACUGUGCUGAGGAAACUGGACUGAUCACUGAGAAGAAAAAGCGAUUGAGCUUUGAUCAGGUUAAGGCCUUGGAGAGAAGUUUUGAGAUUGAGAACAAGCUUGAGCCAGAGCGAAAGGUGAAAAUAGCAGAAGAACUGGGCCUAAAACCACGACAAGUAGCGAUAUGGUUUCAAAACCGCCGAGCACGCUGGAAGACGAAGCAAUUGGAGAGAGACUACGGUAUUCUUAAAGCCAAUUAUGAUGCUCUGAAGCUUGACUACGAGAGUCUCGAACAAGAGAAAGAAGCUUUAGUCGCAGAGCUAAGAGAGCUGAAAGCAAAGCUCCAAGGCGGAAACAUGGAGUUAAAUCAAUCUGUUAAAGAGGAGGCUCUAGUUUCGGAGUCUGAGAAUAAUGUUUCAGAGCAGGGUAAGAACAAUGGAAAUAUAUCAGGAAUCCAUGGAUUGGGAGACUUCAAAGACGGGUCAUCUGAUAGUGAUUCCAGUGGAAUUUUAAAGAAUGAGAGCAAUUUCAACGCACAGCUAAUGAUAUCUCCAGCGUCUUCUUCUUCUCUUAGAUUGAACUGUGCUUCUUUGUCAUCACCUUCACCAAUGAACUGGUUUCCAAGUAAAGCGUUUCAGCAACAGUUUGGGAGAAUGGAAGAGCAGAGUUUCUUCAGUGCAGAGGAGCCCUGCAAUUUCUUCUGGGGUGAUCAAGCCCCCUCUCUUCAUUGGUACUUUCCUGAUCAGUAAAACUAGUGAAGCCUAGAGAUAUAUUCAAAGCUGAUAUCUCAAAAAAUGAGAUGUACAAGUAUGGAAAUUUUGUAAUUUUAGACCUUUAAUUUCAAGCUCUACUGUGGCACAAUAGAAUUGGCAUAAUGAUCAUUGGUCAGUGGCCAUAACCUUUUUGGCCUUUUUCGGAGAUUAAA